AAUCAUUACCACGCCAGACCUCGAGUAGAACAGACGUGUUUCUCCGUUUACCCUGAGCUCAGUCGAGAGAUCUCGUGUCGCUCCGUAAUUCUCGUCUUCUCGCUGCUUAUUUUCUUUUUCGGUCGCUGCCUGUUUUACGCGCGCCGCUCAUCAGAGAUACACGCGUGUGAUAUAUCGCGCCAAAGAGGACAAGUUCGCGUGGCGGGUGUUGUUUGUUGCUUGUGGAACUAUCGAGCUGAUCUCUGGUCCGCGGAGGAGCUCCGAGGGUGACCCGAUGUUACGGUCGACUCUCCCCCCGUAUGUGUUACGAGUGAGGUGAACCAUCAAUUGGUGCGAUCGCCAGCUGGACAACUGCGAGAGCGAUCACGCGUUUGUGCUCCAGAAUUUUUUGUCUCUCCAUCUCUCGAGGAGUCAACGGCGAAUCCGACGUGCUCCAUACAGUGCAUUCGAGCAGCCCGGUCAACAACAACCGUGACAAGGGACAAUUUCUUAUCUUCGUGAUUCUCAGCAGUGCGAGUCGAUCCCGGACAAGGUGGGUGCGGUGACGAGCACGUAGGCUCCAAUUGGACUCUCGAGCUACAAAUUGCCUCGAUCGAAGAGUAAAACGAGAGAGGAGCAUCAUGGCGAUACCGUUUUUACCGCCCACCAGCGACGAGGGCACGACGACGACGGAUGAGCAACUGAUAAUGCACCUGUAUAUGACCCUGCAGAAUGCCCUCCGAAGCAGGAACGCCCAUCAUCCGUCGCGAAAUCAUCGGGCGCCGCGUCAAUCCGGCGGUUCCGGGUCUCACCAGCAACCUCUGGUGAUCUGGCUGCAGCCCGGCAAUGUCGAGGACCUGUCGAGCUUGCCGCUGCCAGACCUGGUGCAAUCGGCCAUGGAUCAGCUGCCACCGCCGUCGCCCCAGGUGACAGUCUCUGUCCCCAGCAGCCCGAUGAGAGAUGCGACCUUCCAGUUCCCCGAGUGCAACAACGUCAGCAGCAACGGUGCACCGCUGCCGAGCCCAAGGCCACGGCCGCGAAGACGCUUCGCCUCGGAGAGCUCCGUCGGGGAGAUGGGCCCGGUCGAGAUGAGCAACUGCAACGGUACCACCUGCCGCUGCCACCUCGGCGUGAUUCUCAACGAGAGGCAGUCGUGGACGAGCGUGGGUGCCAAUCUCAGGAACAUCGCCGGUGAUUUCCACGCGUGCAGGACCAAGGACGCCGAGAUCGAGAAAUCGACGCUACCGAUGAUCGGUCCAGGUUUGUCCAAUGGCCGCAACAGCAACUCGUCGUCCACCGACAGCCUGCUGUCGCUGUUGAUUCCGACGCCGUUGCGAGAGACUCUUUGGGCAACGGUGGCUCUAUACCUCGGCUGGAGACUCGUCUCCCGCCUGCGAUAG